GAAAACAACCGGAAGUACAGUCGUGGGGAAAAAAAAUCUCGCAGCUUUUUGCUUGCUCUCUUCAAAGCCGGGUAUUUUGUGUCUUUAUCUCACAUUGUCGUCGUCAAAAACGGCAAUAAAACAUGGACAGAUGAUGUCAGCGUAGUUGGGUAUAUGGACGCGGUCCCGCUUCAAAGAUAAUCCACCACAGUGUUGCUUCUGCAGGAUUCUGAAAGUAAAACAAGACAUCGACAAGUUUGGCAUCAGUCUUCCUGAGUGAGGGCCCUCAGCAUGGCCAACAUCACCACAACGGCAGUGAAGGUUAUUGGAGCUCCUGGUCCCGCAGGCAGAAGCAGCCCUGAAGGAUCCCAGGUGCUCAGCAAGAAGAAGCUACAAGACCUGGUGAGAGAAAUCGACCCCAACGAGCAGCUGGAUGAGGACGUGGAGGAGAUGCUGCUGCAAAUCGCAGACGACUUCAUUGAGAGCGUGGUGACGGCCGCCUGUCAGCUGGCACGCCAUCGCAAGUCCAACACCUUGGAGGUCAAAGAUGUGCAGUUACAUCUCGAGCGCCAGUGGAACAUGUGGAUCCCGGGUUACGGCUCAGACGAGAUCCGGCCGUUUAAGAAGGCGUGCACCACAGAGGCUCACAAACAGAGGAUGGCUCUGAUCCGCAAGACGACCAAAAAGUAGCAAGACUUUUUUUUUCCCCCUGCAUCAGUUAUACCCUUAUUUUGGUUUUGUUUUCCCAAGUAGGGUAUCAAGGAUUGUUGAAGGAGAUUUGUAUUUGUUGACAUUAGUAUUUCAUUGUCUUCCUAUUUUGCAGUGUAUUGCCAAAACAGUCUCAUACUAAUGUAUCUCUUUUGACUUAUUUUUGUUUCUGCUCUUGUCAUUAAACAUCAUCUGUGUU